AUGAGUAGCUAUAGAAAAAGUUGUUCGAGUGAAUAAAAAAUGUAUUUGAGAGUUAGUUAUGAGGAGUCGUUACUCGUUAUUCAUCUAUCAAGAUUCAAAAACAGAGCAGCGAAGGUUAGGAAGAAAAAGAAAAAUGAAGAGAGUGAUGAAGAUCAUAAAGCCAAAACCUGAUCCAAAGCAACUCUUACGCGACUGGCAACGCAAACUUCGCCAGGAUUGCCGUAACAUCGAACGCCAAAUCCAAGAUAUACAGAAAGAAGAGAGAACGGUACAGAAAGCAAUUAAAGAGGCGGCUAAGCGGAGUGAUAUGGUCUCAGCCAAGGCGCUUGCUAAGGAGAUUGUAAGUUCGAGAAGAACAGUGAACAAGUUAUAUGAAAACAAGGCCCAGAUGAACUCUAUAUCAAUGCAUCUCGGAGAGAGUAUUGCUGUUGCUGGAACAGUUGGGAAUAUCUCCAAGAGUGCAGAGGUUAUGAAGCUUGUCAAUAAUCUCAUCAAGGCUCCACAAAUGGCUGCUGCUAUGCAGGAGUUCAGCAAAGAGAUGACUAAGGCUGGAGUUAUUGAAGAGUUUGUGAUUGAUGCCAUUGACGAUGCACUAGAUUCAGAGGAUAUGGAAGAAGAGAUCGACGAUGAGGUUGAUAAAGUGUUGAGUGCUAUUGCUGGAGAAACCGCUGCCGAGCGCCCGGAAGCUGUCAGGAAGGAAAGGAUUAAGGAAGAUGGAAUUGCACAAGGUGUUGAUGAUGAGGAAGAGUUGGAAGAGAUUCAGCUCGGCUUGCUAAAGUUAGAUCCUAACUGAUUCCAAUGACUAUUUACACUUGGAAGGUGAUGAGUAUAUAAGGAGGUUGCAGCUAGUGUGUUGUAUACAAUGUAACCCAUAAGCCACCUUUUGUUAGCAAAGUUUCGUUUCUUUUCAAGUGAUUGAAAUUUGAAAACAAUCCGAAUACUACAAACUCCUCUUGUGUUUUCAAAGAACCAU